GUUCAGGUGAGCCGUUGCUCGUCGGGGCGGCCGGCUGCGGCGGCUCCAGGGCCCAGCAUGCGCGGGGGGCCCCGCGGCCAUCAUGUACGUGGGCUAUGUGCUGGACAAGGACUCCCCCGUGUACCCCGGCCCUGCCAGGCCCGCCAGUCUCGGCCUGAGCCCACAGGCCUACGGCCCCCCGCCUCCGCCCCCCGGGCCCCCGCAGUACCCCGACUUCACCGGCUACCCUCACGUGGAGCCAGGCCCCGUGCCCCCUGCGGCCUGGAGCGCGCCCUUCUCUGCGCCCAAGGACGAAUGGGCCGCCGCCUACGGCCCGGGCCCCGCGGCCCCCACCGCCAGCCCGGCCCCGCUGGCAUUCGGGCCCCCUCCGGACUUUAGCGUGGUGCCCGCGCCCCCGGGGCCUGGCCCGGGGCUCCUGGCGCAGCCCCUCGGUGGCCCAGGAGCACCGUCCUCGCCUGGAGCGCAAAGGCGGACGCCCUACGAGUGGAUGCGGCGCAGCGUGGCGGCCGGAGGAGGCGGUGGCAGCGGUAAGACUCGAACGAAGGACAAAUACCGUGUGGUCUACACCGACCACCAGCGCCUGGAGCUGGAGAAGGAAUUCCACUAUAGCCGUUACAUCACCAUCCGGCGGAAAUCAGAGCUGGCCGCAAAUCUGGGGCUCACUGAACGUCAGGUGAAGAUCUGGUUCCAAAACCGGCGGGCAAAGGAGCGCAAAGUGAAUAAGAAGCAGCAGCAGCAGCAGCCGCCCGCACAGCCACCCCCGGCAGCCCACGAUGGCACCCCCACUCCGGCUGGGCCACCCCUGGGGGGCCUGUGCCCCGGCUCGGCCAGCCUCCUGGGCGCCUCCUCCCCAAUGCCUGUCAAGGAGGAGUAUCUGCCGUAGCCCCCUGACCAGCCUUGUGGGCUGGGGGCCUUGAGGGCCCCGGGGCUGGGAAUGUGGCUCCUUCUGGGGCCCAGGAGGCCUGGUCUGAGUCCCAAGCCCUGCCACGGAGCUUCUGAGUAAGCGUGGACAAGUCCCCCACCCAGCCCCUGCAUCCCCUGGGCCAUCACGCAGCGAGCCUGCUGGAUAAGGCCCUUUGCCAGGGCCGGUGUUCUAGGCCUCGGGGGAUAAGGGGGCCUGGGCCGGGAGGUCCUAAUCCCUGGGGGGCUCGGUGAGGGGGCCACCCAGCUCCUCCUCCACAGGCUCAAAGGUUAGAGGCCACCGUAGGGACCAGACCCCUCGAGAAAGGAGGUGCAACCGAGAGAAGACGGAAGGCUUGCUGACCAUGACCUGAAGUGGGGGAGGGUGUCAGACUACCUGCCUUUUCCUGCAGCCUCCCCUCUACCUGCCCCUGGUGUAACAUGCGCCAGACCCUCUCCAGGCUGGAUGCAAAGCACAAAACCCGCAGGAUUGGACCUGAGCAAGAAGUUCUGGACCACAGAGCCAUAUUCCCCUCACUUGAAUUCUCAGUGGGGUUUCCAGAUUGGAGGGGAGGCCCCUGAAGGGGAACAGAGGGGCAGAGUCCACCCUGCCAAGUUUCUACCACCCCACCAGGCUGUCCCUCAGGGCCCAGACCCCAGGGAGUCCCAGAGAACUUUCUCUGGACCAAGCAGACCUCACAGUUGGGCAAGUGUUGCAUAGAGUGGAAUCUCUUGGAUGCAGCUUCAAGAAUAAAUUUUUUUUCCUCUUUUUAAAAA